ACGACGGAAGUUUAAACAAUUACUAGUGUUUUUAACUGCUUAUUUCGAGACAGUUAAAUACGAUAAAAUAUCUCAUAUCGCCCAGUAUUGUAACUGUAGGGAUUUGGGAGUUUGGACCCUACCCGUGUUCACGGAUCCAGGAAGAGACGACCAAUGAUUAGACGAGUAAUUGGAUUUAUUACAAAGGAAUGUGCAAUACAGACGUCCGGGUCUUAUCCGUAUCUGCAGCACACGACACGUGUGUCUUCUGGCAGGAUAGCCCAAAGAAGAAUAAGACACAAGAUUGUACAGCACUCAGUUUCCUCAUUACCUUCAUCAACACUGCCAUCAUGUCGCUGCUGACUCACAUGCUGGCAUGUUUGUUUGGCACGGGCUCCUGGGUGGCAAUCAACGGAAUGUGGGUGGAGCUUCCACUGAUUGUGCCACAGAUCCCUGAGGGUUGGUACCUGCCAUCCUACCUAACAGUCCUCAUCCAGAUGGCCAACAUAGGCCCCCUCGUCAUCACCUUGAUGCAUCACUUUCGCCCAGGACUGCUGGAUGAGAGGCGUGUUGUCUACUGCAUUGUUGUGUUGGGGAUCAUUGCCACAUUCCUUUUGGCUUUCUUCUGGAAGCACACAGUGACUAUAUCAGGAAACAUGCACAGUGUUCCCCUCUUGAUAUUGUGCUUCCUGCUUUCUGUGGUGGACUGCACCUCCUCUGUCACCUUUCUGCCUUUUAUGAUACGUCUGUGCCCUCAGUACCUUACCAGCUACUUUGCAGGUGAAGGCCUCAGCGGUCUGGUGCCUGCACUGGUGGCUCUUAUUCAAGGUGUGGGUGUAGUCCGGUGUCAUAAUGUCAACGUGACGGUUUCAUUGAACAAAACAUUUGAGAAUUCCACGGUUGACGCUGGGGAGCUCCAUGCAAUCUAUCAACCAGCAAAAUUCUCUGCUCGAGUUUUCUUCUUGUUCCUCAGUGUUAUGAUGGUUGUAUGCUUGAUGGCCUUCAUCCUACUCAACCAUCACCCUGCUGUGGAUCGAGUGAAGAAGAAGGACCUGUAUUUCAGAGAAGAAUUGACCUCAGAGAAGAGAGAGCAAGUUUUCUCUUUGCACACUCAAACACCAGAGCAAAAGCCAAUGUUAAAUCCUGUUGAUUCUGCUCCGAGGGAACCUCGGAGCUCCUUUGGCAAGGGCACAUACGCGAACUCUGAGGUGGCUUUAAUAUUUGCUGUACUGGCCUGGGUGAAUGCUCUGACCAAUGGCGUGCUGCCAUCGGUGCAGUCUUACUCCUGUCUGCCUUAUGGGAACCAGGCCUAUCAUCUGGCUGCUACAAUGGCAGCGGUCGCCAAUCCAUUGGCGUGUUUCAUUGCCAUGUGUAUGCCUAUCAGGUCUCUUAUCUUCAUGUCCCUUCUGACUAUGUUUGGCACUGCAUUUGGAGCCUACAUCAUGGCCAUGGCUGCACUCAGUCCUUGCCCUCUGUUGGUCCAUAAUGCAUCUGGGACCGUUGUUAUAGUGCUGGUCUGGAUCAUAUUUGUUCUCUCCCUGUCCUAUGUAAAAGUAAUUAUUGGAGUAAUUCUCCGAGACGAGGGCCAUACUGCCCUCGUGUGGUGUGGGGCAGUAGUCCAGUUGGGUUCUAUGGUAGGUGCCCUUUCCAUGUUUCCACUGGUAAGCAUCUAUAGCCUUUUUAAGUCAGGUGAUGCCUGCAACACCAAGUGCCCCAUGUAACAAAGAAAUCUGUUUAAACCAUCGGUGUACGAACCACAAGUCCAACUUGCACUUGUACUGCAAUAUAGGCACAUUAAUGGGUGUGAAGUUAUGAGGUUUAAACCUUUCAACUUUUGAGCAGAGCUGAGUGGGCUCAGGUGUUCAUCUACUACUCUUCUUAUUUAAACAGAGUUGGUAAUCCGUGGUAGAUUUCAGUCUUCUGAAAGACUACGGACUACAAAAUAACAGCAGAUCAAAAUAUUUAUUUGCUUAUUUACAUCAUCAAUACCUUUACUUUUCUGAGCUCAAACUUUUUUUUUUUUUUAAUGUGAACAUAAUGUAAAAGUUGAAAUAUUUUGAGUUUGCACUUUGGAAAUGCGGUACUUUUUUCUUUUUUUAACUAUUUGAUUUCAGACUGUUACAUAUUAGAGACUAUGUAAAUGUACUAGAUUGGUGAAACUGUAACAAAAAUAAAGCCAAAAUCAAUACAGUGGGCUCUUUUUUUUCACUUUUGUUAACACUUCAUGAAAACAUCAAAUGGUAAACACCAUUUGCUCAUUUGAAUACUGUAUCAGGUACAACGCGACUUUAUGACAUUGUUGUCAUGGUUAUGGCUAAAAGUAUCUAACAAAUGUGAGAUUGGGGUGCCCCUGUCUUUGUGGACAUUUCCUAAA